AUGGAGGUUACUAAGUCCAACUGCAGCAAUAAUAUACUUCUCACACAAAGAAAAUACACUCUUGAACUGCUUGAGAAGACUGCCAUGCUCGACUGCAAGCCUUCCCCCACACUUGUUUCAAGUGGCACAAGAGUAUCUCUUCAUGCUGGUGAGUUACUUCCAAAUCCAUCUGACUAUAGAAGCAUUAUUUGUGCUCUUCAGUACUUAACACUUACCAGGCCAGAUAUCACCUUUGUCGUUAACUUUGCAUCACAGUUCCUUCAUGCACCUACCUAUGAACAUAUGAUUCUAGUCAAGAGGAUAUUGCGAUUUGUCAAAUCCUCACUAGGGUAUGGUAUAACCAUAAGAUCAGGUGACAUUACCACUAUCUCUGGUUACUCAGACUCUGAUUGGGAUGGUUAUCCUGAUUCGCGAAGAUCAACAUCUGGCUACUGUGUUUUUGUCGUCUCUACACUUGUUUCAUGGCAGUCCAAGAAACAACCAACUGUCUCUCAAUCCUCCACAUAA